AUGGAACGACAUCUAUUUCAGGCAUUGGGAGCAGCGCCAAACUUUUUUGUUGGGGACUCAGCUUUGCAGCAAACCUUCAUGGUCGGUUUGGCCACUUGCAUGACCUCGUUCCUGCCUGACUCACACACGCAUUGCGUCAAUUCCCUGAUUGCAGGAAGCUCCAGUGGGGUGUCGCCGCAAGCCAACUCUGGCGUUUUCGGCUUCCUCGGUGGAAUCGUGUCGUCCCUGAACGUUUUCGACUUCUCCUGGGUGAAAUUGGCGCAAGCAGAAAAUUGCGUUCUCUUGGCAAACGUCGGUCUUGGGAAGAAAUGAACUACUUUUUUACUCAUGCUUCGGGAUCCGUUGGUCAGGUGUCGCAUCAAUAUCUCAAAUACUGUACCCCGUUGAAGGAACAUGACAAAUUCAAUCUGAGCAAACUUCAUCAUCACAACCUUCCUGAAAAGUGAUCUGGAUUGAAGCAAAUGACCCGAGGAACAAUAUUAGGCAUUUUGAGCGACACCUAUCCGAUAGAAAAUUGAUUCUCGACGCGGAGACGCGCAGGGCAUUUCAGAAAUGAAACCAAAUUUAUUCUAAUGCAUGUACCCAAUAAAAGUGUUGUGCUUUGCAAUAAGAAAUUAAAACUAAAUUUUACUUAAG